AUGAGGCUUCUCACCCGCAGUCUGCUGAGUAUAUCAGCCCUCGCCACUCUCGCGCAGUGUGCGCCAGACGUCAGCCUCGAUGUCGAUGUUGAUGUCUCGCUCAGCACUGCCCAUCUGGACUGUUGUGCCAGCCUCGUCGCUGCCGGGCUGGGAGACCGAGUGGUCUACCCCAAUGACACCAACUACAUUCCCUUGGUGGAUGUACAUUGGUCGUGGGUGGCUCGUCUCGAACCCAGCUGCUUCGUGCUCCCCGAAAACGCAGCCGAGGUGUCGAAAGUCGUGACGACGCUGGUGGGCGACAACCGGUACGAAAAAUGCCAAUUUGCGGUGCGAAGCGGUGGCCACACACUCUAUGCGGGAGCGGCCAACAUUGUCAACGGGGUGACGGUCGACCUGAGCAAGAUCAACGCAGUUACAUACCAUCCGGAAAACAAGACGGUCAGCAUCUAUCCCGGAGCCAGAUGGGGCAAGGUGUAUUCCACCCUGGAUGCCCUCGGGGUCAACGUGGCCGGCGGCCGUGCGGCCAGCGUGGGCACCGCCGGUCUGAUGCUCGGAGGAGGCAACUCGUUCUACUCGGCCCGCGCCGGCUUCGUGUGCGACAACGUGGUGAACUACGAGGUGGUGCUGGCCAACGGCCGGCUCAUCCAGGCCAACAACAAGACGAACUCGGACCUCUUCCAGGCCCUGAAGGGAGGCUCCAUGAAUUUCGGCAUCGUCACCCGCUUCGACCUGAUGACCCUCGAGGGAGCCGACCUCUGGGGCGGUGUGGUCACCUACCCCAACAGCACGGCCGACCAACAGAUCGACGCCAUCAUCAAUUUCGGCAACAACAUUGUCAACGAUCAAUACGGCUCCGCCAUCACCAUCUUCCUCUCCGCGUCCGUCAGCAACACCACCACCGUGGUCAACGCCUACGAUUACACCAAGCCCGUCGUGAGACCCGCCGCCUACAAUGAUUUCCUCGCCAUCCCGGGAAACACUUCGGACUCGAUGCGCAUUACCAACAUGACCGAUCUCACCAUCGAGCUAGAGCAAGCUCCAGGUUUCCGUGACACCUGGCUUACCGGCACAUUCAAGCCCACCAAGGGCUGGAUGCAGUUGGCCCUCCAGCAGCAGGCUAUCAUGUUCGAUCUCCUGUGGGAAGCCAGACCUCACGGAAACUUCACCGUGCAAACCCUGUUCCAGCCCAUCCCGACCAUUUUCUCCAAGCACAGUGUCGAGAAGGGUGGAAAUGUGUUGGGCCUGGAUCGCUUCACCGACAACUUGAUGUUGUAUCAACUGUACUUUGCAUGGCACGGCGAAGAUCAAGACGACCUGUUCAACGGCAAGGGACACGACGCCUUCAACACGGUGGUCGAUUACACCAAGAAGCAUAACCUGUACACCGAGUUCGAGUACCUCGACUACGCCGACAUCUCGCAGAAUCCCCUCAAGGGUUACGGUUCGGCAAACGUCAAGAAGAUCAAGACCGUGGCCAAGAAGUACGAUCCGACCGGCGUUUUCCAGACCCUCGUGCCCGGCGGCUUCAAGAUCUCGAAGGUGGCUUGA